AUGAGGCUCUCCAUACCCAUCGUCUUUGCUUCCGUGGCAUCAGCAGCUUCAUCAUCACUGUCAUUGUCAACGGCACCAACGACAACAACAUCCACCACCGCCACAACCCUCCCCGACCUCCUCGCCCAGAUCCCGCCGUGCGCCCUCGCCUGCUUGGCCCGCGCCUCCACCGACCUCGGCUGUGCCGCCACCGACCUCACAUGCGUCUGCCGUAGCGCCUCGGGCUCCGGCUCGGGCGCCUCGGCCCUGGCGGCCCAGCUCGGCGCCUGCAUUCUCUUGGGGCCAGGCAACAGCUGCAACAGUUCCGACCUGAACGCCGUCAAGUCGCUGGCGCCGGGUAUCUGUGCACAAGCGACGACGGCUGCGUCGACGGUAUUGUCGGUGAUGUCGACGGAGAUUGCCGGGCUGUUGGCCGACGCCACCUCGACGGGCUCGCCAACACAUACGAGCAGCGGUGCCGCAAAAGCCACCGAUGGUAGCAAAAACACACCAGCGGCCGGGGCAGCACCGCCUGCCGGUACACGCGCAACCCUGGCCCUGCUCGGGAUCGGUGGCGUAGCCGUUUUGGCCGUCUACGCUUUGUAG